AUGGCGGAAACAGAGGAAGAUCUUCGUCAAUCUUUGCGAGCCCUUUUGCUCACAGAGAAAAACGGAGCUGAUGAGGCACUAGUUGAGAGAAAGAGAUUUGGAUACAACAGGAUUUCUGACAAAGAGUUUCUGAGCAACUUCUCAGAUAUCAUGAUGGAAUGCUACGGACGGUUCUAUGGAAUUCCAUUAGAAGUCCAAAGACCACUCGUCUCGUUAAUUAAUUCUACCGAGAAUACGUACAACAGGAGAAACUACUAUAACUCUUCGAGUUACGAUCGUUCAGACCGUCAUUACAGAGAGGCGGCAGAGACGCAAGAAGAAACGUUAUACCCAGAAGCAAGCUAUUCGUCGAUGAAAAAUGACAAGAAUGAAAUUCAAGAGGCUCAGAAUCUUCUGAAAAGCAGAUCCGAGUCUUCCGCCUAUGAAGUUGAAGACCGCAGUUAUGAGAAGUGCGAUUAUGAGAACGCUCAUGGAGUCAGUCGACUCCCAGAUUUACGACAACAAAAAUGGAAUCCUGAGAAUAGAUUCUAUCUCCAUCCGAAUCACCCAAAUCGAAAGAAUGAGCAACAAUUGAUCUCUAACGACUUCAAAUAUGCUGUCAAAAGUGUUCAUUCCGCCCCCAAAACGGAAAUAGAAGCGAAGGCUUCCAUCUCAUCUUUUAAUGUUUUGGACACAGUCAACCAAGAAAGAUAUAUCCGUCCUCCAUCCAAACCGAUUGCAAUCAAACGACGUAUAAUAUGGUCUCACAAAACUGGCUCAGGGUAA